CGGGUGGCGCUGCUGGGCGCCGGCGCUUCACCGACUGCCUGAGGUAAACGGCGGCGAGGUGCUGCGGCGCCGCUCGGCCUCCUUCGCCUUUUCCCUUCUUCCCUUUCUUCGUUUCCUCCUGUCUUUCUGUCUUCCUUCCCUCUUUUCUUUUCUUUCUCUGUCGGCGACCGACCUCCGUGGCGGCGGCGGCGCCUCAGAGGGACCGACCGGAUCCCACACCGAGCCCCGGGGCCAGUGCGGCGGGGCGCUGUGGGACAAUGGGCACUGCAUAUUAAGCAGGGGUGAAGACUGAAGCCCAUUUGGGGACAGAAUGAGUUUGAAAGAUGCUGAUGGUGCAGUUUGCCAGGCAAAGGCAGCCUAUAAUCUUCAUAUUUACCCCCAGCUCUCAACAGAAAGUGCUCCCUGUUGCAAAGUUACAGCAACCAAGGACAGCACCUCCUCAGAUGUCAUCAAGGAUGUAAUUAGUAUCUUAAACUUGGAUGUCUCAAAACAUUAUGUGCUUGUGGAAGUGAAAGAAUCGGGUGGUGAAGAAUGGGUGCUUGAUAUAAACGAUUCACCUGUGCAUAGAGUUUUGCUUUGGCCUCGCCGUGCUCAGGACGAGCAUCCACAGCAGGAUGGGUACUAUUUUCUCUUGCAAGAAAGAAACACUGAUGGGACCAUCAAGUACGUCCAGAUGCAGCUGCUUUCCAAGGAGACGGACGCACGGCGGUUGGUGGAAAGGGGCUUUCUUCCCUGGCAUCAGGAGGACUUCGAUGACUUGUGCAAUCUCCCCAACUUAACAGAGACAACUCUCCUGGAGAAUCUCAAAUGCCGCUUUCUGAAACACAGGAUUUACACUUAUGCAGGAAGUAUUCUCAUUGCAAUUAACCCCUUCAAGUUCCUGCCCAUCUAUAAUCCCAAGUACGUCAAGAUGUAUGAGAAUCAUCAGCUGGGGAAGCUGGAGCCUCAUAUUUUUGCCAUAGCUGACGUGGCUUAUCACACGAUGCUGAAGAAGCGCGUUAACCAGUGCAUCGUGAUUUCGGGGGAGAGCGGGUCUGGGAAAACUCAAAGCACAAACUUCUUAAUUCACUGCCUCACAGCACUGAGCCAGAAAGGGUACGCAAGUGGUGUGGAGAGAACUAUUCUAGGAGCAGGACCAGUUCUGGAGGCAUUUGGAAAUGCAAAAACAGCACACAACAAUAACUCCAGUCGCUUUGGAAAGUUCAUUCAAGUCAACUAUUUAGAGAAUGGUAUUGUCCGAGGGGCUGUCGUUGAAAAAUACCUGCUUGAAAAGUCUCGCCUGGUUUCUCAAGAAAAGGAUGAAAGGAACUACCAUGUCUUUUAUUACUUGCUACUGGGAGUCACUGAGGAGGAACGUAAAGAAUUUCACCUCAAGCAACCAGAAGAUUAUUUCUACCUCAAUCAGCAUAACUUGAAAAUCGAAGAUGGGGAAGAUCUCCGACAUGACUUUGAAAGACUAAAACAAGCCAUGGAGAUGGUUGGCUUUCUUUCAGCCACAAAGACCCAGAUUUUUUCAGUACUUUCAGCUAUUCUGUAUUUGGGCAAUGUUACAUACAAGAAGAAGGCUACAGGUCGUGAUGAAGGGUUGGAAGUGGGACCCCCUGAAGUGUUGGACAUUCUUUCCCAGCUUCUGAAAGUUAAACGAGAAAUUCUAGUAGAAGUGCUAACAAAAAGAAAAACUGUGACUGCUAACGACAAGCUCAUCUUGCCGUACAGCCUCAGCGAGGCAAUAACAGCUCGUGAUUCCAUGGCCAAGUCCCUGUACAGUGCUCUGUUUGACUGGAUCGUUCUGCGCAUCAACCAUGCGCUCCUCAACAAGAAGGACAUGGAGGAGUCUGUUACGUGUCUGUCCAUUGGUGUUCUUGAUAUUUUUGGAUUUGAAGACUUUGAAACCAACAGUUUUGAACAGUUCUGUAUAAAUUAUGCAAAUGAGCAGCUUCAGUAUUAUUUCAAUCAACAUAUUUUCAAAUUGGAACAGGAGGAAUAUAAGAGUGAAGGGAUCACUUGGCACAAUAUUGACUAUACUGAUAACGUGGCCUGCAUUCACUUAAUCAGCAAGAAGCCCACUGGCCUCUUCUACCUUCUGGAUGAAGAAAGCAAUUUUCCACAUGCUACCAACCAAACUCUACUUGCAAAAUUCAAACAGCAGCACGAGGAGAACAAGUUCUUUGUUGGAACCCCAGUGAUGGAGCCUGCUUUUAUUAUCCGACACUUUGCUGGCAAAGUUAAAUACCAGAUAAAAGACUUCCGAGAGAAGAACAUGGAUUACAUGAGACCAGACAUCGUGGCCUUGCUGCGCAGCAGCGACAGCGCCUACGUGCGGGAGCUGAUCGGCAUGGACCCCGUGGCUGUGUUCCGCUGGGCCGUGCUGCGCGCUGCCAUCCGAGCCAUGGCUGUCUUUGCUGCAGCUGGGCGCCAGAGGGCUCAGAAGGCUGCAGGAGUGGUACGUCAAGGACCCAGAGUUCCCCUUGGAGAGCUCCAGAGAUCAAAUACACCAGUAGAAAAAGUUUACCGAGACAUGCAUGAACAAAUCAUCGCAAGUAUUAAAGGACUCCCAUGGCAGGGGGAGGAUCCCUGCAAGCUGCUUCGGUCGCUCAGUCGGCUUCAACACCGCUCCCACUUCAUGAAAAGUAGAGGUAUGAAACAAAAGCAGAUCAUUCCCAAGAACUUGCUGGAUUCCAAGUCUCUGAAGCUCAUAGUGAGCAUGACUCUGCAUGACCGAACGACCAAAUCCCUCUUGCACUUGCACAAGAAGAAGAAACCCCCUAGCAUAAGUGCACAGUUCCAGACUUCCCUGAACAAGCUGCUGGAGACUCUGGGCAGAGCUGAGCCAUUCUUCAUCCGCUGCAUCCGCUCCAAUGCCGAGAAGAAAGAGAUGUUGUUUGAUGAGAGCUUGGUGCUUCAGCAGCUGAGGUACACUGGCAUGCUGGAGACAGUGCGCAUCAGAAGGUCUGGUUACAGUGCCAAGUACACCUUCCAGGAAUUCAUAGACCAGUUUCAGGUCUUGCUGCCCAAAAAUGCCAAAGCCUCUAAGGAAGACAUCUGUGUUUACUUGAGUAAACUAAAACUGGAUGAGAACUACUAUCAAAUAGGGAAAACCAAGGUGUUUAUGAAGGAGGCUGAGCGGCAGAAGCUGCAGGAUACACUGCACAAAGAGGUGAUGCGGAAAAUCGUCCUGCUGCAGAGCUGGCUCCGGGUGGUGCUGGAGAGGAGACGCUUCCUCAGGAUGCGGCAGGCAGCCAUCGUCUUACAGGCCUGCUGGCGUUCCCGGUGCCUUAGGAUGGCGCUGCAGAGGAGCAGUGCUGCCGUGUGCAUCCAGGCAGCCUGGCGAAGGUACAGGGAGAGAAAAUACUACCUCCAGCAGAAGAGGAGAGUUUGUCUUCUGCAAGCCGUGUUCAGAGGCCAUCUGCAACGUAAGAGAUUUCAGAAAAUGGUCACAGAAAAUCAGAAAGCUGAAGAAAAGCAGAGAGAAAGGCAGGAAGAUCAGGUGGCAGAGAAUGGUGCAAGCAAGGAUGAGCACAGUGAACAAGCAACAGACCAACUGCUUGUGAAACACGAGUCAGAGCUGGAUCAGGGCGCCGGAGACAGCGAUCAAGUUCCAAAUGAGCAACCUGCAAACGUGAGCUGGUCUGAAAAAGCCACUUCAGUCCAGAAGAACGUGACCGAGAACGCCGAGAGAGUCCCAAGCAGCCGGGAGAAGCGCGAGUCCCGGCGGCAGAGGGGGCUGGAGCACAACGAGUUACAGAACAAGCACGUCCUGCUCUCCUUUGAAGGGCCAUCGCGCUGCCAGGGGGAGCCAACCUCUUCUGAAGGGGCUCUGGAAACUCCUUCAGCGUCAGGGCCGUCGGUGGCACAGGAUGCUGUCCUUCAGGGCAGCAGUGAAGGACAGAAAAGUCUAAGGGAAGAAAAGGCUCUUUCAGACACGCCAGCAUCAAGUGAGAUAAAAGAAAGCAGCUCUGUGCCUGAGCAGCUACCUGCGUCAGGAGAUGACAGGGCACUUGCCCAGACAGAAACAAGAGGGAGUCAGAGUCAGCAGAUGAAGGGCAGCCAAAGCUUCCACUGCCUGGAGAGGCCAACACACCUCGCACUGAACCUUCACAGCACAGCAGCUGCUGCUGGGGGCAGCCAAAGCCUGGACGAGUGCUGGGGGGAGAAGAGCAAACGCCUUGGGCAGAGAGCUGCCAAAGAUCUGGAUAGUCCCACAUCUUCCCAGAUCCAGAGAUAUGUGGAUGACCCAGGGAAGCUGAAGUACAAGAGAGAGAAGUGGAAAGGAAAGAGACAGUAUGGUGCUGGCCAGAGUGACAUGCUGAGCCAGUCUCUGGAUGAAAGAGCACCUGUGGAUAAGUCUCCUCAGAAGCAGCUGGAAAAGAAGGGGAAUUCGUUUUCAUUAAGUGACCUCUCAACACUGACCCAGUCUGUUGCUAUGAGCCAGCCAUCACCAGAUACCAUAGAAGAAGAAAAAUGCCUCAAGAAGCAGAUUGUGCAAAAGAAGCCAAGUGACUUCACACCUACCUCAGAUGCAUUCAUUUCCCUGCAGCCCCCAAGUCAGCAAAUAGAUACCAGGUCUGCUUUUAAAAGUCCUCUGCGCAGACUCCUGGGGAAAAAGCCGGACAAGAAAAUUCCAAAGGAGAGUCCUGAUGUGAUUGACGAAGGAGAAGGCCUCUCUCUUGUGUCUUGUGUCCUCUUUCCAGAGAUUGGAGGGACCCAGAAGGCUUCAGAGGCUUCCUCUGGACAGCCAAGUCGCCUGCAGGCAGGGGAGCGCCACGGGAAGGAGAGCAGCAAGGCAAAGAAGAACAGGACCAUAAAGAUCAAGAUCUCCAGCGUGUCUCAGAACUGGAGAGAGUCCAUGGCCCGCGAGAUCACCAACGCCAAUGAACUGAAGCACCUGGAUGAGUUCCUCCUGAACAAGAUCAAUGAUUUGCGCUCCCAGAAGUCUGGGGUUGAAUAUUUGUUUUUUGAAGCCACUGAGAAGUUCAGAGGAAACAUCAAGACCAUGUACUCUGCUCCUAAUGGGCAAAUCCAUGUUGGCUACAAAGAUCUGGUAGAAAAUUACCAGCUUCUAGUUACAAAUCUGGCCAAAAAAUGGGAAGAGAAAGAAGUCAAGCUGGUUUUGAAUCUCUUCCAGUCCCUUCUGGAUGAAUUCAUCAGAGGAUAUACAAAAAGAGAUGAAUCUGAGCAGCCCAAGCAGACCAAGGCCCAGAAGAAGAAGCGAAAGCAAGACCGUGCAAUUGAAGAACACAACGGCCACGUUUUCACAAACUACCAAGUGAGCAUACGGCAGUCCUGUGAGCACUGCUGCUCCUACAUCUGGCCCAUGGAAAAGGCCUGUCUCUGUCGUGUUUGCAAGCUGACUUGUCACAAGAAAUGCAUGCCCAAAAUCCAGAGCACCUGUGUGUCCUGUGGGAAAAAGAAUGAACAGGAUGCAGAACCACGUCAUUUUGGAGUGUGUGUGAGUGCCCUGACCAGUGAGAGAAACUCAGUUCCUGUUGUCAUGGAGAAGCUGCUGGAGUACGUGGAGAUGCAUGGCCUCUACACCGAGGGCAUCUACAGGAAAUCAGGGUCAGCAAAUCGUAUGAAGGAGCUGAAACAGUUGCUGCAAGCAGAUCCAAACUCAGUGAAACUGGAGAAUUACCCAAUUCACACCAUCACAGGCAUCCUGAAGCAGUGGCUGCGGGAGCUGCCAGACCCCCUAAUGACCUCUGCGCAGUACAACGACUUCCUCCGGGCCGUGGAGCUACCAGAAAAACAGGAGCAACUCUGUGCCAUUUAUAGUGUCCUUGAGCAGCUGCCACAAGCAAACCAUAACACCUUGGAGCGACUCAUCUUCCAUCUGGUCAAAGUGGCUUUGAUAGAAGAUGUCAACCGUAUGUCACCCAACGCCUUGGCCAUUGUUUUUGCUCCGUGCCUCUUGCGCUGCCCUGACACCUCUGACCCCUUAACCAGCAUGAAGGAUGUUUCAAAAACAACCAUGUGUGUAGAGAUGCUGAUAAAAGAGCAGAUAAGGAAGUACAAGAUAAAAAUGGAGGAAAUAAGUCAGCUGGAGGCAGCUGAGAGCAUCGCUUUCCGACGCCUCUCCUUGCUUCGGCAGAACACGCUCUGGCCUAUAAAACUUGGGUUUUCUUCCCCUUAUGAGGGGAUGCUGAGUAAAAGCUCCCAGGCCAAAGGAGGUGACAGUGGCAGCUCAGAACUGCACUCGGUGCACGAAGAGGAGGAAGUUUCUGAAGCUGAUAAUCGGGAGAAGGAGAUUCUGAUUGAUCGCAUACAGUCGAUAAAGGAAGAGAAGGAGGACAUCACUUACCGCUUGCCUGAGCUUGAUCAGCGCGGCUCCGACGAGGAGAACGUGGACUCGGAGACCUCGGCGAGCACGGAGAGCCUGCUGGAGGAGAGGGCAGGGCGGGGGACUACCGAAGCAAUUCUUGGAUUACACUGCUGUGCUCAGAGCUCCAGCAUGCCUGCCAAAGACAUUUGCAAAGUGCCUUCUCUUCUGCAAGCCUCUUCAGACUCUUCUUUUGCAUCCCUGGCUUCAAGACACCGAUCAUCUUUAACGCUGCCCAAGAUGAAAGUGCCCCGUCGAACUCCAGUGAUGCCAACAGCAAACAUAAAACUUCCUCCUGGGAUUUUCAAAUGUACAGAAGGAUCUCAGGGCAGGAUUCCAGCUAAGGAGGAGGCUGACACGCUGGUGAGAAGAAGGGAACAGCCAGCGAGGCGCACGGACAAGAUCCACUCUGUGUACAUGGCACACGGCUCCGACGCAGCACAGGAGCUCUCGGGUGGAUACGAACCAACGGCCAAAGUUCAGCGCAGGUUUUCAGACCCUUACUCUCACAUUCCCUGUCUGGAGAAGUGAAGCUCUGGAGCUAUCAGAACCUUUUCUGAAGUUGAGUGCAGCUUUAGCUUUAACCCUUUGGAGGCUGUGAACUUGUCUGGAGCGCAGCCUGCAUGUGUACAGUACUGUAAGGGUUAAGCAAGGAUGUUAAAAACAAAGAUUCUUCACCUUAAAUUAAAACCCUGCAAAGAAGGUAGAACAGAAGCCUGGUGGAGUAAAGUACAUGGCUCUGAGUGUGCAGGAACUGCAACAGUGCUCUGAUUCUGCUGCCGUGCCUUUUCCAUUUGCCUCACAAUGGACUCUAACGGGACCAACUCUGAGGUUUUGGGCCAAUUUGUGUUGCCUUUUUUUUUAUUGUUUUUAUGACAACCUUCUGUGUGGUUUACAGAACUGUUAAUGUUGUAAUAGCCUUAACUGAGACCAAAAUACAUAAAACCGGUUAUUAAUACAAUGCACUUUUAAACAA